AUGUCCGCGCCAUCCGAAGCUUCCUCCUCCAAGCCGGCGCACGACGCGCCGCCUACCCUGGACACCAAGGCCGGCAAGGAAGCCAAGCCCGACGCCACUGCCCUGCAGGAGGCCAACAAGGAGAACCUGCCGGGGGAGAGCGGCACAGGCGAGAUCAAGCCCGUGAUCGCUGGCCACAAGCCGGGCGGAAUGGACUUCAAGCCCGUCAAGGAGAUCAAGUAUUCCACAUCCCGCCCACCUGGUGUGACUUCGAUCACCAUCAGCGGGACCAAGGACUAUGUCCAGUACCGAAUCAAGUACUACGUUUACCCUACUACCACUGUCAAGAUGAUCAAGACUUGGAUGAGCACGAGCUAUGGUUACGAGCUGGACAAGAUCCGCCUGCUUUUCGAUGGUCUGAUCCUCGACGACACCGACACGAUGGCUGAGCUUCAGGUCGAGGAGGGCGAUGCCUUUGACGUCUACCUCGAGCAACGACCAUUCACCAUGCCGCCAACGUCCAAGUCCACCAAGCUCGGUAGCGCCACCCCGGACAUCAAGCCGAAGGUGGAGAGCAAGCCAACCGUCGAGGACAUCAAGCCUGACCUUGCCGUGCUCGAAAACGACCGCAAGCCUUCCCUCAGCGACUUGGAGGACGAAGCACGCCACCGCGACAUCAAGCCCGCCAUCCCGGGCCUCAAGCCCGAGGGUGUCGACUUCAAGCCGGUCCGUCAAGUCGAGAUGGUCGAGCGGUACCCGGGCCACUUCAAGAUCAUCAUCAUGGGAAGCAAGGGCGGGGCGGCGUACCGCAUCAAGUACAUGGUCGCGCCGUCAACCACCGUCCAGUGGCUCAAGGUGGGUUGCAGCGCCACCUCUCUCGCCGUCGUCUUCCCUGACGCUGUGUCCCAGGCCGAUCUGACCAAGUGGUACGGCUACGAGACGGACAAGAUUCGCCUCAUCUUCGACGGCCGUGUCGCGACUAAUCGGGACACAAUGACCUCGCUCCAGGCCGAGGAAGGGGACGUCUUUGACGUCUACCUCGAGCAGCUUGGUGGCUAA